UUCUGUGUCGAGACCCGUCAUUUUUUCAUACAUCUCUGUUUUUGUUUCUCAAUUCUUGUCUGAAGAAGCAGUGGAAAUAUUUACUAGAUAUUUUGAGAGUAAUUAGACCUGAAACCUGUUUUGAUAGCAUCGUUUGCCGAUAGUUUUAGUAGAAAAGCGUUGCACGCUCCGGAAUAAUUUGGUUGAACGAAGGAUUCCAAAAUGCAUAGACAGCAAUGGUAGAUUUUUCCAUUUGAUAAAGCAAUAAUAUGACAGCAUUCAAGCCAUCUGGAAGUGCCAUUGAGGAGCUAUCGAGUGAAAAGUGCUUAUAAAUAUUGUUGUUUCUGUGUUGAUGUCUGGAUAGCUAAACGGCUCAAGAAACCUAGUUUAUGGUAAAGCGUCCUCCAGAGUCAAGAGCAGAUGUCCGCGAAAUGGGAACGCCUGAAUCAAUAAAUUGAUUUUUUCAUCCUACUGAGCGUGUCUGAUUACAAUUCGAAGCUUGUAUGUGUUUAUGUUUCGUGCUUUGGCUGCAGAAAUGCACAGUUAGUCUGAAAAUAAAAUUGCCGCGUUGAAUAGUUGAUGAAAGUUAGUAGUAAUUCAAAUUCUUUGUUGUAUUGAUUGCCAAACGGGCGACGCCGUUCUUACCUUCCCGUUGAAUGGCACUCAGUUCUUCACCGAUGCCGAUGGGCGAAGAAUGAAUCCUCGGACAUGACAUCAGCGUCGCUAGAUUGUUGUGGGGCUUUGGGCGUGUUUUGCUUCAAUUAGAGACUCUCGCUUUGUGGUGCUGUUUAUACAUACUUAGUCGAAGGGUGCUAUUGUUGCCAGAUAGGCGAAGACAGGAAUCAGUAAUCACAGCUUUGCUCAACAACGGAGGAUGAUAUCGGUCCUCCAACAACGGAACUAAUCAUCAUUACAGCGUUAUCAAUGUUUCAGACAUGCCGCCUCUGGAAUCUAAGUAUAGCAAGCGUUCUGGCACUGACACUGUCUAAUGUAUUCCUGACCGUGCGGCUGCUCCACAACGGCGACUGCAACAGUCAGUACAGCGCCAAUGUCGACGACAGUGCUUCGCUGGUUCCACGAGCCCCGAUCCUCACACCGGCCACCUGUCUCGAGUAUGUGCUGGCCGAAUCGCUCACCAACAACACCGACAAGGCGGUGUUCUCCGGACUGGACCUACGGCUGGGACGGUGGGACUCGAGAAGAUUGUACAAGAUCUUCGAUUUCGCUGUGAUCGGAGAAAAGUAUCCCGAGCUGGGAGAGAAGUACAGUGUUUGUUUGGCGACGCAGAGUUCGCUCGAAAAAAUCUACUCGCUGGUUCAGGUCUCGCAUCACUGGUCCGGUCCCAUUUCGGCGGCCAUUUUCGCCGCCGGUAACGAUGAGCUGUACUUACUCCAGAUCUAUCUGUCCUAUCUGAGAAAUUGCUUCAAAACUAUUCGUGAGCGUGUUAGUUUUCAUCUGGCCCUGCCCAAGGACCGAACUCCGACCCACCUGAAAAGCGUUCACGUCGGGGACUUCACCAAGUUCGAUUGUGCCAAACCGGAAGCAACGUUAAAUGAUCUGAUUAAACUACGGAAAGCUGACACCAAUAAGUGGCGUAUAAAAAAUCCCUACCCACAGAAUCAUUUGCGGAACGUUGCUCGAAAAGGUUGCCAAAACAUGUACGUUUUCCUGACCGACGUCGAUAUCAUUCCUAGUGUAAAUUUUGCGGAACACCUGGACAAGUUUUUAAGAAAUCGGAAACCACGCAACGGUCAGCAAACGGCCUUCGUAGUGCCCACAUACGAGCUGGACGAACGGGUUCGCUUUCCCCGCAACAAGACUGAUUUGAUACGGUUAGCCAACAAGGGACUGGCACGGCCUUUUCAUCAUAAAGUUUUCAUUUACAACCAGUUUGCGACCAACUUUUCCAGAUGGCAAGCUGAAGUUUCGGAGAGCGAUGAAACACGCGUUUCGCAUAACGUAACAAAUUUCGAGUUCUUGUAUGAGCCAUUUUACGUCGCUCCGGACACUGUUCCACCCCACGAUGAAAGAUUUCUCGGUUAUGGCUAUACCAGGAAUACUCAGGUCUACGAGAUGUUCGUCGCCGGUUACCAAUUCCAGGUGCUUAGCCCACUGUUCACCGUCCACUGGGGGUUACAAAACAAGAAAAGUCGUCCAGCUUGGCGCGAGAGGCAAAACAAUGUCAACCGAAAGUAUUUCGAAAUUUUCAAACGGGAAGUGUUCGCUCGUUACCACAAGGAUCCACUGCGAAUGUUGCUACCGAAGAAAGUUCUGAAGCAACAUGGUGUUGGUGCUAUUGGAGGUGGGGCUGGUGGUGGAGGAGCCGGAGCGAGAGACGGUGGUGCCGCCGAUAACAAUGGUUAAUGAUUGAGGAAUGUACAACGACAAAAACGACAGUGACAGUGACAUAUCGUUGUGCUGUUCGCGACGCAACAAGUCACGUUAUAUUCAAAUCCAAAAUCAUCAAUAGUAGCACGUGAAUUCAUGCUUUUCCUGCCAAAUUAGACUAUGAAUAAAUUGGAUGGUAUCAUAUGCUUGAUGGAAAUCAGUUAGUGGUUUAACUUCAUUGCAAUACAUCAUAUAUUCUAGUGUGAUAUAUACACCCAACCAAAUUUAUGAUGGAAAGCGUAUCAUAAAUAGAUCGGAACUAUUUAGCGGAGAAAUAAUGAAAAACUAUAACCUUCUGAAAUAAUAUUCUGAUGUCAAGUAUGAUUUUUGUUGAUAAGCUCAUUUGUCAAAUUAAAGCAAAGUUCUAUUUAAUCGGCCGUGAAAAUGUGAAAUACAGCAGGACAAUGGAUAAGUUAACUUCUUAACAUUUGCUUUCACUAUUUAGAUCAACUCUAAAUAUUCAAUUUGAACGAGAAACAUACUCCUAGAAUCAUGUAGAUAUUAUUCGAAUAGUUACUGGAACGGCACUAUUCAACAAAUGAGAGAUGGCAUAUACAACGGAUAGAUUUUUGAUGUUAUUUGACGGUAGGCCGGUGUAUAUAAAGCUAUUUUUAACGAAACAUUUAGCAAACGAAUAAAUUCAUGUUGUAAUUACCUCCUUGUAA